AACUAUAUUUUGAAGAAGCGUCCAAAUGUCAUAACUGCAAACAGUGCUGACUCGAGUUUCGGGCGGCAAGCCUUGUCCACCAUGUGUUUGGUAAAAUUUCCAAAUCGAGCGUGCCUCCACUUUUUCUCUGUCAUGCAAUCAUGCAGCACCAGACAAAGCAAAGCCAAAAUAUAUCCCAUCAUCACACAUAAACUCUCUCAACGUUUCAAAAUUCAAACACUUCCCCACGUGGCUUCUCAUGCAAAUGCCACCACCAUAUCAUUGCAUAUGGGAGGGACCCUUUACCACCACGAGAAAAAAACAACAACUAAAAAGACUAAAAGUGUGUCUCAAAAUAGGACCCCGCCUUUUCCACAAGUAACUGCAUGUGCCACUCAACACCACAACCACAAUGCACCAAAACAACUCUUUUUCUUCUUCUUCUUCUUCACCAUUCUCAAUUCUUUUCUUCUUCUUCUAACAUGGGACCCUCUUCCACGCACACUCCUCGUUCCCCUACGUACUUAAUUCCCUGCGUUAUAGCUCUUGCCCUCUUCUCCCUCACUGGACUCCUCCUCUACAAGGUGGACGACGUCGCUUCGCGCACCGGAACGGUGGUGGGUCACAACCUAGAACCGACGCCGUGGCACGUCUUCCCUCACAAGCCCUUCGACGAGGAGGAGUCCCGCCAGCAGCGCGCGUACAAAAUCCUACAAUGCUCCUACCUGACGUGCCGCUACGCCGCUGAAGCCCUCGGCGGAGCACGGCGGAGAACCGGCGGCGGCAGGGAGGAGUGCCCCAAGUUUUUCCGGGCAAUCCAUCGGGACCUGGCGCCGUGGUCGGAGAGCCGGAUAUCGAAGGCGCACGUGGCGGCGGCGCAGCGGUACGCGGCGUUCAGAGUGGUGAUUGUUGAAGGGAAGGUGUUUGUGGAUUGGUACUAUGCUUGUGUGCAGAGUAGGGCAAUGUUUACACUGUGGGGGUUGUUGCAGCUUAUGAGGAGGUACCCUGGGAUGGUGCCAGAUGUGGAUAUGAUGUUUGAUUGCAUGGAUAAACCUUCUGUUAAUAAGACUGAACACCAAGCAAUGCCUUUGCCUCUAUUUCGGUAUUGCACCACAAAAGAACACUUUGACAUCCCUUUUCCGGAUUGGUCUUUCUGGGGUUGGUCAGAAAUAAACAUACGACCCUGGCAGGAAGAGUUCCCAGAUAUCAAGCGAGGUUCUCGAUCUGUUACUUGGAAAAAUAAGUUACCAUGGGCAUACUGGAAAGGAAACCCUGAUGUUGCAUCUCCUAUUCGUACUGAAUUAAUAAAUUGUAAUGAUUCUAGGAAGUGGGGAGCAGAGAUUAUGCGCCAGGAUUGGGGGGAAGCAGCUAGAAAUGGCUUUAAGCAGUCAAAACUUUCAGAUCAGUGUAAUCAUCGGUAUAAGAUCUAUGCUGAAGGGUAUGCAUGGUCUGUGAGUUUGAAAUAUAUUCUCUCAUGUGGUUCUGUUGCAUUGAUUAUAUCACCCCAGUAUGAAGAUUUUUUCAGCCGUGGCCUUAUUCCAAACCAUAAUUUUUGGCUUGUUGAUCCUCUAAAUCUAUGUCCAUCUAUAAAGUAUGCUGUAGAAUGGGGGAACCAACACCCAGUAGAGGCAGAGGCUAUAGGGAAAAGAGGGCAGGAUUUAAUGGAAAGCUUGAACAUGAAUCGAAUUUAUGAAUACAUGUUCCACCUUAUUUCUGAUUACUCAAAACUUCAAGACUUCAAGCCUACUCCACCACCAACUGCCCUGGAAGUUUGUGUAGAAUCUGUGCUUUGCUUUGCUGAUGAGAAGCAGAGGAUGUUCCUCAAUAAAUCAUUUACAUUCCCUUCACAUAAACCUCCUUGCAAUCUCAAACCUGCCUAGUUAUAUCACCUCUUAGUUUACACAACAAAUAUACUAAAGGAUUUUACACAUCCAAGAAUAUGGAAACUCCCAGUGAACAUUACACGUUAUUUAAUAGUGUAAAAAUAUAGUGCCUUUUAGGUUAUCAUUUACAAGAUUUAGCUUUAGUAAUAGGCCAUCAUCAUUUAUCAGAAAACAACACCACAGGAAUUUCAUUUUCAUUCUCUUCCCGGUCAUUCUUUUGUUACUCUGUUUUUUUUUCUUA